AUGGUUCUGGCGAAUUUACUCAUUGGUCUCUUGAUGAUUUAUACUAGUAGUUCAAAUACCAUUGAUGAAAAAGACUCCUUAUGCAAGGAAUAUGACUCUAAUAAUAAAAUUUCUGACAAUUCAUUGCAAAAUGGUUGUUUAGAGAAUUUAUAGAAAUUUUCCAUAAAUAGCCUGCCUGGUAUCUAGCUAUUUCUAUUAAAAAAUAAUUUAUGGCGACUAUAUAUACAUAAUAAUUGUGAGAAGAAUCUGAAAAUCGCAUUUUUUGGAGAUCAUAUUAAAAGCCAUAAUACCCCAGCUUAUCCUUUGGUUCAAUCCCUUAUAGCCACCGGUCAUGAAAUUUGGUAUUUUGGGUAUAUAGAAGAUAAAGUCCCAAUAGAAAAAAUAGGUGGAAAAUUUUUCCUGUAUCCUGAUAAUAAAGGAAUUGGUCAUACUAGUGCAAAUAUGAGGCAAGUCACUAGAAAUGCAUCAGGGCUAUUUAAUAUUAAAAUUUUGACUGGGUUAGCUGAAAUUUAUGCACCAUGGUUCAUUGAAAAUUUCAAAAAUGAAAAAUUUGAUGCGGUGAUUUAUAGCUUUUUUGGAAUCUGGGGAAAUGCAAUAAGCAAGUUUCUUAAUGUUAAAUCAAUUUGUUCAAACCCUAGCUGGCUAAGAAAGCCUGAAAUGGUUGAAAUUACGUUUACAGAAGGCAAAGAUCAGCAAAACUCAAUAUUAAAAUCAUUUAAUGAUAAAUACCAUACAUUUUAUAUCCCAACAGAUAUAAUUACUUGCUGGAAUGCUGAUAAAGUCAUAGUUUACUCGUCUCAAAAUCUUUUUCAGGCAGCUUUAGGGUCUGAAAUGCCAAAUCCUGAUAAAUUUUUCUUUUAUAAUAGUCGAGUUCCUGAUCCUGAUUCUCUGAGUAUAUCAAAAACCCUUUCCCAAGGCAGCACCAUUUAUUGCACUUUAGGGACCAUGUUUAACUGGAAUGAAGAGUUCUACACCUCAUCAAUAAAAUAUUUAAGCAAAACAGAUUAUAAGCUUAUAAUAUCAGCCGGAGGAAAUAAAGAAAUUUAUGAUAAACUGAAAACCCUUUAUCAUUUUGAUAAUAUUGAAAUCCAUUUAUUUGUAAACCAAACUGAAAUUUUGCAUAAUUCAGCCGUUUUUAUAUCCCACGGAGGGCCGAGUAGCUUUUUUGAAACAUUAUUUUAUAGGGUUCCUAUAAUUGUAGUGCCUCAAGGAGGUGACCAGUUUGCGAUUGCUAAAGCUGUAGAGAAGUUUAAAAUCGGGGUUGAUUUGACGAAAUUUAAAGAAAAUCUUGAUGAAGGAAUAAGUUUGGCUAUGAAAGAAAUAGAAGCGAAUUAUGGGCUGUAUCAAAAAAAUAUAGAAAAUGUCAUUAGAAACUAUUUGGUAGGGAAAACUACAGAAGAAGUAACGAGUGAUAUUACAGAUUUUAUUUUAACUUAA